CACUGAGUACCCGGCACUUGCACUGCCUCCACGGUCAUGUCAAUUCCAUACAUUUCUUUUCAGAGGUAAACAUCGUGGUGUUGUCGACAACAACCGUAAUUCUUCAUGCAAGUGCUCCUUGUUUUAGGAGUUGUUUCGCUGUUUCUUUUCGCGACUGAAGGACUUGGCCCAAAGAAAGGACAUCAUAGGCACCGCCUAAAGGAGUUAGGGAAGCAGAGGAGUCUUGGAGGAAGCCUAAAGAAGAAAAAAAUACCUGAUAACGACAAACAUAAACUUCUCAUUGGACAGAAUUCAAGAGCAAACCAGACCGCCAGAGAGGCCAGAGAAGAAAGCUUUUCUUUACUAAGCAGAUCUUACAAACUAGAAAGUAAACAAAAGAAGGCAGCUAAGCUAAAAAACCACAAUUUCGUAAGCAAGAGCUCUCCGCAAAUUUCUCAGCUAAGCCCUUUCAUUUGGCAGAAAUUUGGAAACAGCCGCACACCGAAAGCAUCUCUUGUUAAAGUUCCCUCUAGUGCACCAAGAGAUUCAUUUGAAAUAGUGAGCGAAGAAAAUGGAUCCACUCAGAGUAAGAUGAAGGAUGAGGUGUUGCUAGAGACCUUGAUGCAAACUGAUACUGACUCGGAUUCAAACCAACCAAUCACAGGCGAUUCUGAACAGGAUGGAAACGCGGAUGGCUCUGUCCCAGGAAACGUUCGCGGUGGCGUAAAUCAUGUUGCUAAAAAGGAGAGACCCGACGAUUCAGACGAAGAAGAGCUACUACACAAAGAUGACCUUGAAACAAAGGAGCGUUCUAAUUAUGACCAUGACAAAAAUAUUGACGAUGAGGACGAUGAAGACGGACCAAACGAUGAUAAUGAAGACGAAGAUAACGCCAAAGAGAAGAAACCCGAAAAAAUUGAAAAUAAAGAACCACAAUUACAGAAGAUGAAACAUGACGAAAAUCAAAACAUUUCACCUUACGAAAUAUCGGAUCAAAUGAGCCAAGACUUGACGCGUAUUCAUGGGGGCAUAGAGGAUCAAACUGCCACCCUUAUAGAGCAAGAACGUCAUCUUCAGGCCAUGAAUGAGCUAAGGGCGUAUUCCGCACAGAUAAAACAAAAAAUGCUUCAGCGUUUAAGAUUCAGUUAUGGAAACAUUGUCAAUCAAAACGGCGUCGUAGUUCCACAGUAUUACAUUUCACAGCCCUUGACUGUUCCUGGGGUAGCAGUUAAAGUUCCUUCACUCGUAAGACCAUCAGGCCUAGUUCUUAGGGCAGCCUUUUUGAAACCCAUGCAAAGGGCUGAUUCACUUCCGCAAUCAAACAGUCAAGGAUAUAGUAUCAACGUUAAUGGCUUGCAUGGAGUAUUCUCCAAAACACCAGGUUAUGUUGUAAGAUUUCAUUCACCAGAUAGUGAAGUCACGGUCGUCAAAAAACAACAUGUAACGGAUCCAGUAGGAGUAAAAUGACUAAAGUGAUAUAUCAGGAGGAA